AUGUCAUAUUUGGACCAAGAAGAAGUGCCCGACUGGACCUUGUUAGCAGAGCUCGCCACGAAGCGCGGUCACAAGAGCUUCGAGCCGGUCUACGAAGGUAGCACCCUUUCACAGUACGACGUCGAUGCCCUCGAGAAACAUCGGAGCAUCAUGUACCAUGCGUUGUGCCAGCCGCGCGGAUUCCUCUCCCAGCCAGAAAAGCUCAUCUCCUCCACCAUUAGAUUGGGAACAGGAGCAUAUAUUGAUCAGCCAAGAGGCAAGUAUUUGGAGACGAUGGGGAGAAUGGACCGGUCUGGAAGAUGCCAUUUGAACUUCGAGGAGGCACUUUAUCUGGUGGAAAGAGGAACCUGCGUGGCAAAGAAGGAGAACUCUGAAGGUAUUUUGUCAUUACAAGAAGUCUACGGCAUUCUUAUCACCAAUUCAGAACAGUACGAUCAGCUACUUGUAUACUCUCUGCUUAAGAGAAACGGAUACAUAGUCCUGCGUGCAACGCAACAUACUUCGGAGUGCCAUGACUCCACUCGAUUCCGCUAUGGCUCGGUGUUCUUGAACUUUGUGGUAUCGCUUUUUGGACUCAAAUUCCUCCCUUUCCGCUCGAUUUUCAACUACCUACACUCGCUCAUAGCUCCCAAAAAAUUCCAACCGAGCCCGACGCCCAAUUGGCAGCCAGUUUAUGACAUCUGGAAGCCUUUCAAGGGCUUCAAAAAAAGCAUGCCGCCGGUUCCGCAUUUCCAGGUGGUCAUUGUGUCUGCAACGGAUCAAAUGCCAGAAAUUGAGACCAUCAAACAGCAUUUGCACGAGUCGCCGUCUUUGCUGGUGGCAGUUGUUGACAACGGCAUCGUGAACUUCUAUAACCUCGCACAGAUGGACUUAAAUCGGUUGGGGAUCGCUUGGAAGGACUCCUGGGGGUACAACCGCACUCUCUGGUCUCUCGCUCGCAGUCUACUUAUAGGUCAAAAAAAAUAG